GGCGGGACAAACGUCAGAGGAGGGUUUUGGUCAAGUUAUCAUGGCGGGAUGCAUGAAAAUGAUGAACGGUUACGCCUUAGCAAGGACUACCUUAUCGAUUUACAUGGUGCUCCUUGUCUGUUUACUUCAAACCUCACACCAGACUGCAGCUAACAAACAUAUAGUCGUUGAUAUACGGGAUGGAGAAGAGAAAAUCAUGUUGGGGCCAAACCGAUUCUGUUAUGAAAAUACCAUAGUACCAGGUUGGAGGCAAACCUGGACAAGAAUUCAGGUGAAAAUUUGGAGUUCAAAGCCUUUUAAGGUGGAAACUGCGGAAGGUGAGGAGGAGCUACAAGAACUGGAUCAGUUCAGUGUCUGGGGAUGGUUUCAGAACUUAUUGCGUGAGGGACACAAUGAAACCUCUAUUAACAUCAGCCUCUUCAGCAAGAAGAUGUGCUUCAAGGUUUAUCCUACUGAAACCACUCCUUACUCUGUCAAACCCAUUCGUAGGUUUGACAUCUAUCUCUUUUUGGUGUUCGUCUCUGGGGCGUUGUUGGUUGUGUUUGCAGAGUCACUCAGCAGGAGUCAGAUGUUCUACUACUCCGCUGGGAUGAGCACAGGCAUGAUUGCCUCUCUCAUCAUCCUUUUUUUCAUUUUAGCACGCUUUUUACCGAAGAGAAGCCCUUUCUAUGUGUUGAUAGUUGGCGGGUGGUCAUUCUCACUGUACGCCAUCCAGCUCGUCUGCAGGAACCUCAGCGCCAUUCUGCGAGAUCACUGGCACAUGGUCAUAGGUUACGUUUCAGUGGUGGGAUUCAUCAGCUUUGCUGUGUGUUACCGUUACGGUCCUCUGGUGGAUGAGAAGAGCAUCAACAUCCUGUCGUGGACCCUGCAGCUGUUUGGUCUGCUCCUAAUCUAUUUGGGGAUCCAGAUUCAACAGGUCGCCUUUGCAAUCAUUGUUUCAGCUUUGGUUUCCAAAAAUCUGGAGUACCCAGUCUAUCUGGCAUUCGCCGCUUGGGGGAGGAUCAGGCGGUUCAUUCGCUGGAAGCCUGAGCCCCCCCGCCUGCUGACCGAGGAGGAGUACCAGAAGCAGGGAGAGGAGGAGACCCGACGGGCUCUGGAGGAGCUGCGCAAGUACUGUCACAGCCCAGAGUUCAGCCCCUGGAAGGCCGUGUCCAGGCUCCAGUCCCCAAAAAGGUUUGCCGAUUUCAUCGAAGGAUCCCCGCACCUGAUGUCCAACGAAGUGUCAGUUCACGCACAGGAAUACGGCUUCGGAGGAUCCUUUUUCGAGGACGAGUUUUUCGACACAGACGACGAGGAGGAAGACAUUGAGCCCACGAGGAUCCCAGAAGGAGACGGACCAGGGUGUUAACGGAAACAAUUUUUGCCUUUCAGAAAGGUGUUCCCCAGGUAGUCCCGAGGGAUUCCUGUGAAUGAGAAGUGGACCUGGUCCGGGCCGGCGCAGGGGUGGGGGGGGGUGCACUCUGGACCAGAGUCAAACCAUUCUGUAUUGAUACAGCAGGAAAAAAGCUAAAGACGGUCUUAAAAGAUGACGGUGUACUUUUAGACAAUAUGCUUUAAAGACAAACCCAUUCAACAUUCAGCAAAGAUGUAACAGAUACAGAGUUUAGUUUCACUGAGCAUCCUGUACUGAUUGAUUUUCCCUAAAAGACCUCCGGCCACAUCGUGGUGUUUUUAUUACUGUUCCAGAUUUCUGCCAGUUGAAGUGUGUGUGUGUGUGUGUGCAUGUGUGCGUGUGUAUGUACCGCAACUCGUUUUGCAGGACACAUCAGUUAAAGUCUUCUUAAGUAUUUUGAAUUAAAAUGACAGUCUUUAUUUUGCUUUAA